GGGAGGCGGCUCCCCCGCGCCCGGCAGCCCCCGGGCUCUGCUCUCUCCGGCCGCUGUAACCCAAGUCAGGCGUCUCCGGGUUCCCCUGCCCGGGAAGUGGCUGCCCCCGACGGCCCAGCCGGCCGCCACACGGCCCGUGGCUGCCAACCCUCCCGGCUCCGCGCGGGGAUCCCCGCACUCGCUGUCACCCCGCAGAGAGGGGGCGGGGAACCCCGCCGGCCCCGCUCGCCUCAGGGGCCCCCGCCGCGCCCCCCCCCGCGGCCCCCUCAGACACCAGAGGCCUGGCAGGAGCUCAGGGGCCACUCGAACCUCGCCGGCUCCCGGCACGGCGGCACACCCUCCCCCCAGCGGGUCCCGGGCCGCCACCGCCAUGCCGCCCCCCCGGCGCCGCCUGACGUCACGGCCCUGGCCCCGCCCCUCGGGCGGCGGCGGCCCCAUCGCGCCUGCGCGGCCAUGGCGGCGGCCUGCGCCGGGAUGGAGCCGGCGGCGCCUCCUCCUCCCUCUCCCCCUCCGGCCGCCGCGCCGGGCUCGGCCGAGCUGGUGUGCGCGCAGGGCCGGAACCUGAAGGCGGUGCUGUGCCAGCGCUGCGGGUCGCGGGUGCUGCUGCCCGGUGCCGCCACCUUCGCCCGCCGUGAGCUCCUCCUGCCCGCCAUGAGGAAGAAGGCGGCGGCGGCGGCGGCGGCGGCGGCGGCGGGCGGCGGCGGGGACGUGGUGCGGGAGCACUGGCUGGUGCGCGACAUGUUCUCCUUCGAGAACGUGGGCUUCACCCGCGACGUGGGCAACGUCAAGUUCCUGGUGUGCGCCGACUGCGAGGCGGGGCCCAUCGGCUGGCACUGCCUCGAUGACAAGGACAGCUUCUACGUGGCGCUGGAGCGUGUGGCCCACGAGUGACACCGGGCUGGGGACGGGGCAAUGGUCCGGGCACCCGCUCGGGGAGCUGGGCUCAGCCACCGGGAGCCCCGCCUGCCCUGCGGCCUGCCCGCAGCGACGGACUGAGCCGGGGACCACGACUGACCGCGGCUCGGCCACCCCACGGCCUUGCUAUGGCAGCCACGGCCCGGCCGCCCCACAGCUCGACUGACCACGGCCUGCAUACCCCAUGGCUUGACUGACCCCAGCCCAGACCCACGGCCUGACCAGCACCAAGAAGUGCGGCACCGGCGGAGCCAGCUCCUCGCCUGAGCCCCCACAGGAGGGACGUCGGUGGGGGGGGGGUCCCCUGUGACCUGCAGGGACAGCUCACCCUGACAGUUCUGCCAAACAGCUUCGUCUGCCACCGCUGCUAGGAGCGGCCCCAGGCCUUCCUGCCUGCUCUCUGCCACUUCUUCCCCGUGCGGCUGCUGUUUUUCAGACGUGCUAAAGUGUCUUUCAGGCUGGUCGGUGCGUGACACAGCCGUGUAAAUGUGGUGCUGGCACAAGGGCAGGACAGGACUGCUGCAUUGAAUCAUCCUGGUGGCUUAAAUUGUCUGAACGACAGCCAAAGCAGUUACAGGGUUUAAGGCUGUAUGCUCUGUUGAUCUUCAGAAUAAAUGUUCCCUGCCCCAAACCCUAACAUUUAGGUUCUCGAAAACCUCAUCCUACUUGACAACUGUAACCUGUAAGAGUAUAUGUCACCUAAAGCGUGUGUAAGGCAUUUUAACUAACACUGUAUGCAGUUUUAUUAGCUAAAAUAAGAUACAGGUAGAGUUUGCAGACAGCAUAGGCUGAUAGAAUGGCAAAGAAAAUGUGCAAGAUCUUAGUAUUUCGAGGGAGCAAGAAUUAAGAGAUUCCAACCUGAAAGGGAUUUGAAUCAUUGGACAGGCAGUGUCCCACGAACACUGGCUCAGUGCUGCAGAAUGUCAAAACAGCCCCGUGUGUAUUAAAUGAGCAGUCGGGAAAGAAUGUCUCUUCUGUAAAUGCAGCUGGUAGGAGCAAUGCUGGGACGUUGGGUCCAGUUUUGGUCUCUGCCUUUUAAAAGGUGGGCACAAAGCUGAUUGAAAAUUGAACAGGCUGCAGCAGCCGUGGUUCUCACUGUAUUUAUCUUUUGGUAAUUGUGGUCCAGUUUGCAUUCUCUGUUUGCAAACCCCUGUAUGAAUAAUACAGCAGCUUUACAAUGAUUGCUGUGGGUCACAGGGGAUGCCUUACUGCAGGAGGUGUGUCGGUAUGCUAUGCUAAUAAACACUUUUGGUACCAA